CGAUAGUUGGUCCUCUGAGAUGCAAUGGGCUCAGGCGACCAGAACAUAUUGUGCGCUGUUUCUGUUAGAGUUGUGCACGUCGACUGGGCAAACGUGUGAUGUCAGUUGAAGUACAGCACUUUGAGUUCGAUGGCUUGAGCGGAGGCAGUUCCGCUUCUCGACUUUUCGCGUCUUCAAACCGCGUGUCAACCAACAACCAUUGAAUAUCGGAAAUGCCGCUCGACAGCUCGACGUACGGUCUCGCGCAUCUGCGCGUCGACGGAAGACGAUGGAACGAGCUGAGGCGCAUCAGCGGUCAGAUGUCGACACAAGCGGCCGCUGAUGGCAGCAGCUAUUUCGAGAUGGGCAAUACCAAGAUCAUCUGCACAGUCAUCGGUCCCAGACAGCAGACGAGGUCUGGAGGACGCGAUCAAAGUCGAGAGGCGAGCAUCGAAGUGGAGAUUGGUAUCGCGGGCUUCAGUGGGAUGGACAGAAAGAAGAGGUCGCGAUCAGAUAAGCGUACACAGGAGAUGCAGUACACAAUCUCUUCCGCAUUUGCAAGCACUGUUUUCACCUCGUUCUAUCCGCAAUCUACGAUCAGCAUUGUGCUUCAUGUGCUGUCACAAGAUGGCGCCUUGCUGGCGGCGUGUUUGAACGCAGCGACUCUGGCCCUCAUCGAUGCUGGCAUUCCCAUGAAAGACUAUGUUGCUGCCUGUACAACCGGAUCAACAGCCUCAUACGCUGCGAACGACGACGAAGCUGAUCCAUUGCUGGACCUCAACGGACUUGAAGAGCAGGAGCUGCCAUUCUUGACCGUCGGUACUAGCGGAGGCGAGGACAAGGUGAAUGUACUGGUCAUGGAGACAAAAAUACAGAUGGCUAGACUGGAGGCUAUGCUCUCUGUUGGCUUGGACGGUUGCAAGCAGAUGCGCCUGUUGUUGGACAAGAUUGUUCGCGAGCACGGGCGCAAGCUGUUGAAGUCGAAGUGAAAACGCUACUAGUGCUGCGUUGGAUGGACGAUGCGAGGCGUUCUAGGCCAACGAGACCUAAUUGAUGUCGCGGGUCCGAAUGUCGGAAAUGUCAUGCAUAGCCAUGCAGCAAAGCGUGUUUGAUCCCGUCGCGACACCUUCCUUAGGGCUCGACGAGGCCCGAGCGGGCAAGGAUUGAGACCUCACUACGUUGGACCUGCAAAUGUUGGACUCAGCAUCAAGUCCUCGAAACUUGAAAGACAUGACCCAAGGAGAAGGCGCGAAACGCAUUCAUGCAAUCUCCAACUUUGGCAUAGCGCAACAGACAUGUCACUGAGAAUGAUCAUGUACUGCGAGCAUACCCCUACGGCACUUGCGUCCCCAACCGGAGUUUGGCUAUGAGAUUUAUGUCCUCGCCGGAUUUUAUGGACUCGCCGAUGUUAGCUGCUGCACGAAGGGGGUCACCACACGCUAGUAUGCCACAGAUUGUUUCACGCUUGGGUAUGCAUGUUACGAGAAAGAAGAAAGGUUCCAAGCGGUAGGGUCGCAUUCUUGCGC